AGAACCUGUUGUGCAGCACAGGACCUUGACCUUGCCUGCCUUGCAGUGAAUUUCUGAAUGUGCGAGUAGAGGCUACUGGCUUUAACUGGAGAAUGUUGGCUGUUUUUCUACAACUUCUCAUCUUGUUUGCAAACCAAAAAUAAUCAACUGUCAAAUAGCCACACAAGUCUCGUCGAUGUCCGCCUGAGAUCGUGUGUUGGAAAAAGCAGCCAGCGCGCAGCGGUGUGUUUACGCUAAAUACUGGGUCCUAAGUUGUUGUUUUAAGUUUCCAUCAGUCAGGAGGUUUUUACACAGAGCAGAAGUCGAUCUCUUCCUCUCCAAAACGAGCGGAACAGCUGAUUACAGCAGGUGGCCUGCUGUAGCCAUGAGGGGGCCUAAUUCCCAGAGCUGUUUGGGUCCAAAUGUUUACCCAGAGGUGCCCGAUGGAGGCUGGGGCUGGGCUGUGGCCCUGGCCUUCUUCAUGGUGGAGGUCUGCACCUAUGGGACCCUCAAGAGCCUGGGUGUCUUCCUCCAGGAUCUGAUGGAAGAGUUUGGGGAGAGCAACAGCCGAGUGUCCUGGGUCAUCUCCAUCUGUGUCUUCAUCUUUACCUUCACUGCCCCCCUGUCCACGAUGAUGAGCAACCGCUUCGGCUAUCGUCCAGUGGUGAUGGUGGGAGGCUUCUUCAUCAGCCUGGGAACCAUAACCUCCGCCUUCACCACCUCCAUCAACGAGAUGUACAUCACCAUCGGCUUUGUUUCAGGCCUCGGCUACUGCCUCACCUUCCUCCCCACCGUCACCAUCCUAGCCCAGUACUUCUCCAGACGACGUGCCCUCGUCACCGCCAUCGCUUCCUCCGGAGAAUCUUUUGCCAUAUUUGCAUUUGCUCCAGCCUUCACUACACUAAAGGAACACAUCGGCUGGCGCUACUGUCUAGUUGUCCUCGGCAUCUUUCAGGCUUCUGUGAUUGGCUGUGGGCUUCUCCUUCGUCCAAUCAUUAUUAUGCCGGAGCCUGUAAAGGGGGACGAUGAAUCAGACAAAGAGUCUCUCUCUUUGAACCAGCUGCAGAGUGUUUAUGAGCUGGAGAACGAACAAACCAGAACCUCCAUCCGUUCCGGAAUCUCACAAUCCUCAGACGACUCCGGCGUCACCUCGCUCUCUGCUUCAACCCUAGACCUGAGGACUGCAGGAGCCGAAAGCAAGGCUCUGAUGGAGUGGGAUUUGCAGGACAAGGAGGGCCAGGAGCCGUCACUGUCUACACCUCCCACCCCAGUCAAGGAGAAGGAUGAGGAGGAACUGGAUGAGGUAGAAGCAGGUCCUCUUCAGCCCUCCAGCCCCAAACUCCUGGACUUCUCCGUGCUUAAAGACGGUGGCUUCAUCUGUUACUCCCUCUUUGGGUUGUUCGCCACGCUGGGCUUCUUCGCCCCACAGCUCUACAUCAUCGAACUGUCAAAGAGCCGCGGCGUGGAGCCCAGCAUGGCCUCCUACAUGCUCUCUGUAAUGGCUGUGGCCGACAUUGUCGGCCGCUUGUCCAUCGGGGUGGUGUUGAACAAAGUCCGCUGCAGGAAGACCCUGGUUCUGCUGGCCUGUGUGGUUCUGCUGUGCCUGGUGCUGGUGGCCUUCACUAUCGUGUGGGAGUUUUGGGGCCUGGUGGUCUGCUGCGCCCUAUACGGCUACUUCAUGGGCACCGUUGGCUCUACUCACAUCCCCAUGCUGGCUGAGGAGGACGUGGUGGGCAUCCAGAAGAUGGCGUCAUCAGUGGGAGUGUACGUCUUCAUCCAGAGCUUUGCUGGGCUGGCAGGGCCACCGCUAGGAGGUGUGUUGGUGGAUGUCACACAGAACUACGGUGCUGCCUUCUACUCCUGUGCAGUGGGAAUGGUCCUCAGUGCCAUAUGCCUGGCUCUGGUCGGCCCGGCCAAGUCCGGCUUGUGCCAAAGAAGCAGCAGAAACAAAGAGGCAGCCAGCAGCACGGAGGAGGAGGAGAAAAUGUCUCAGGACAGCGACCAGUCUGACUUUUUGGAUGUAGACUUAGCCCCAGGGGACAGCCCAGUCAGACAGGCUGUGGAUCAGGACAAUGUCUCUGUAUUAUGAACCUGACUGUAGCAUGACCAACGACUCGCCACCUGGUCCAACAACAAAUCCAGUCAAGAUGCAGUGUGAGAGGCUGCAGCGUCACGAACACUGACCCGCGCUGAUGGUCUUCACAGCUGCUGCUGGUUCCAAAUCUCAGGUGUCACUCACAUUCUGACAAGCUUGAAGUUCACUGCUUCUCAGGAAGGAAGCAGCCUCUCCUCUCAGACCAAAGACACAUCCACGCUGAGCUCAUGCUCACACCUUAGCUAUUUAACAACUUCUCACAGUCCUCUGUGUUUCAUUGGUUUGUGUUUCAGUGGGAAAACAUAGCUCUAUCUCAGGAAAGAAGUGUUGAUACUGAAGUGUCAUGAGGAUGUGUGAUAUUACUGUGCUGUGCUCUUUGAUUCCUGGUCUUGGGGAGGGUUCCAUCCUCAUUAAACACUAAACGGCUCAUUCAUUCCUGCUGAACACCUGUAUGUUGCGUUUCUCUGCCCAUGCUGGAUGCUCGCUGAACCACUACAUGACAGUCACUUCUUCAGCAGAGGCUGGAGAGUGAAACACUUUUAAAAUGUAACUCAACAGACUCUACCUGUAAUCGUUUGCUGUGUGGAGAAGGAUUUCACUUCUGCUGAAGCAGGACAUGAAAAUGUAGUCAUGCGAUGUGUACAUAUGGUCUGUCUCCUAGCUGUUGCUCUUGCACGUGUAAUUGGUAUUUAAUUUCUAUGGUAACUAUUAUAAGACUGCAGCAGUAUUCACUGAUGUUUUAGAAUGAAAAAAGAAGCUCCAGCUCGGUCUCUCUCUGCACAUGGA